GUGGGAUUUCCGUUCCGUAAGUACCGUCUGGACGCGGCUCCUACCGCCGCCGCCAACAGCAACAACGGGCAGGAGGGGGUGAGGGCUGCCGGGUGGGAUCACUACCUCAGAAGUUGAAAUGGGACGCAGGAAAUCGAAGCGAAAGCCUCCUACGAAGAAGAAGGUGCUUGGAACUCUAGAAACACAAUUCACCUGUCCAUUCUGUAACCAUGAAAAGUCAUGUGAUGUUAAGAUGGAUCGCGCACGGAAUACAGGAAUCAUAUCCUGCACUGUGUGUUUAGAAGAAUUCCAAACUCCAAUAACAUAUCUGUCAGAGCCAGUGGAUGUUUACAGUGAUUGGAUUGAUGCCUGUGAAGCAGCAAACCAGUAGUCUAUGCUCAACUCCCUUAGAUUUUUACUUAAAGAUGUUUUUGAGAUUGCUUUUUUUGAAUGUAUAUAAUUUGAGUUCGUGUGGAAUCUGCUGUAAUCCAUUGGACUGUUCACAGCCUGUGUUAUUAAAAAGUUAGAAUUCUUCUA